AUGGGUUGUUCAUCAUCCAUAAAUACAGCAUUUAAUAUAUCUCCUAAACAUACAUUAUUAGAUCAAAAGCAAGAAUUAUCAAAGGAGAAAACUAUUCCACAAUCAGUACGUUUUCUUGAAAAUAAUCGUAUUAUAUGGUUAUGUGAAGAAAGUUCGAAUAUGUUUGAAAAUGAAGCGGAACAAUUUCAAAAACGUGUUUAUGGAUUAAAAAGAUUUAACAAUGUCGAUACAUGUCUUACCUUCAUUACAAAUAUUCAAGAUGAAAAAGUUUUUCUUAUUAUAUGUGGUAUACAUCGACCUGUCGAAUGUUUUUACCAUUUAUCACAACUUGAGAAAAUUUAUAUAAUCGGUUCAUCAUCGAAUAAAUUCAAUCAUGAAAAAACUCCAACUAUCCAACAUAUCAGUAUUGUUAAUAUAGAUAGUCUUUAUCGACAACUUCAGGAAGAUAUAGAAUUGUCUGAAAUGGAUUUUACACUUAUUGAUACAGUACCUGUAUCAUUACAAGAAGUUUCAUUUUCAUCACAUUUAAUGAAACAAGAAGCAUCGUUUCUAUUUACACAAAUGGGUAAAGAGAUAAGCUAUCGUUUAAAACUUGAAAGUGGUUCUAAAGAUGUUUUAAUCGAUUUUUGUCGAACACAUUAUAUAGAUACCGAUGAACAAUUACAUAUGAUUGAUGAUUUCGCGAAAAAUUAUCGUCCAAACAAAGCAUUACGAUGGUUAAUAAAUCAAUGUUUUAUUUCAAGAAUAUUAAAUCGUGUACUUCGCACUCGUGAACUUGAUAUUGUUUACAAACUAGGAUUUUUUCUUCGACAGACAGGUUUACAACUUCAUCGUUUAUAUGAAGAUAAUGCAUCAUUAAUGAAACAAAUUUCAAUUGUUUACCGUGGUAAAACAUUAUCAUCGAAUGAAUUUGAUAGUUUAAUAAAGAAUAAUUGCGGUGGUCUUCUUUCAUUUCCUAGUUUUUUAAUAACUACGAUUAACAAAGAUGUUUCCAUUGAUUUUAUUCAUCGUCGACUUGCGAUACAUCCUGAUAUGAUUGGUAUUAUUUUUGAAAUACAUAUUAAUGAUACGGUUGCCGAUAAAAAAAAUCCAUUUGCCUUACUUAAAGAUAUAGAUAUGAAUAGAGAUGAAGUUUGCUUUCAUAUAAGUUCUGUUUUUCGUAUGGAAUCUAUGGAACAAAUUACUACUAAUAGAAUGAUCAUAUGGUCUGUAAAAUUAAAAUUAAUUAAUGAUAAUGAUGAACAAUUACUUCGUCUCGUAGCAUCAGUUCGAAUUGAUGAACUACUUGCUAAUCCAGUUUCUUAUCUAGGUAAAUUACUUAUUGAUAUGGGCGAACAUCGACGUGCUGAACAAAUUUUUCUUGAAUUACUACAAGAUGUUUCUAUUCGUAGUCAACCACAACGUCUUGUACGUGCGCAUAAGGGUCUCGGCAGUCUUUAUUUAUAUAAGAAUGAAUAUACUACAGCAUUAUAUCAUUUCCAACAAGAACUUCAAACAAGUUUAAUUUAUUUACAACCUAAUCAUCCAAAUCUUGUAUCUAUUUAUAGAAAACUUGGUGAUUGUUACUUAAAACAAUGUGACUAUAUUCAUGCGAUAGAACAUUAUGAAAAAGCAAUUGAAUUAUUAGAAUAUGAUACACAACAAUCGAAUUCUGAAACUAUUAGUGAUUUAUAUAAUCGUAUUAGUGAUGUAAAACAAUCAGUCAAAAACGAUAGCUCGAUUUAA